AAACCCCAGAUAACCCUUCCUCAGUUGCUGUUAACAGAAAAUUAAAAUAGUGCUAUCGUCUUCUCAACUUCAUCUUCCUCCUGGAAAACUCUUCAUUUUUCCGUCUAAAGGGCACUAUUUUCUAUCCUUUAAAGCAACAUAUUUUAGUCUCUACCGAAGCCGCUUCUCCCAUCUUCACCUUCACGACCACAAUAGAAGAUGAACGAGAACAAGACCAACAGAUAGACGCAGUCAACAAUGCCACGGCCGUGACCCAGAUCCAGAAAAAAGGUCUAAAAGGGGCUAUUGAUAAAGCUGAAGAAAUUGGCGUCAGUAUACCAAAUGCUUACAGUUUGAUAACGUUACCUAGCUAGUGUGAAGGAACUGCAGAUACACUUUGAAACUACGGGACCAGAAAUGUGGGGGACUCUUUGGAUGGUGUAGACCUGUUUGUUGCUGCAAUCGGAACUGGUUGUAUUGUUACAGGAACUAGGCAUUACUUUAAAAUGAUGAACAACAUUCGGGUUCUAUUUGGUUUUAGAAUAACCAAUGUCCAUUUAACAUCAAUAGUUUCACUACUCAAUAUGAUCUAUACCCUUGUUCCUGCAAGAUAUCAGUAUAUAAGGAAAGUUUUGAGCUGAUAAUAGUGUUACACAUUUAAAAUUUGUUAGCUUAAUCGGAUACAUUCAUUUUUAGAUUUUAUAGGUACCAAUAUACAAAUUCAAAGUGUUAGUAUUAGUUUCUCUUUUGCUGCAUCCCCUCCAAAUCUGUUAAUCCUUUGAACAACUUGUGUUACUUGGAUGGUUGGUGAGGAACCUGCAGAGAGGAGUGUAAUCUCUGGAGACAAUCCAGAUGGAAAGCUUUCCAUUUGGUUACAGAAGCAUAAAUGAAAUUUUUGUGCUCUUUUUUUGCCUUCUUUUCUUUUAGCAUAAGUAUCGGUGCAGAUUAUGGGUUAAGCAAUCUUGGAUGUUAAGUUGCUUGAUGAGGUUGCCAAGGUAAACAAUGCUUUCCCACUUCUAUUUUUCAGUCUUUUUGUAUACCCUUUCUUAUAUUUCCAU